GGCCGGGGCGCUCAGUGCUCGUGGCCUCGGCGGGGCCGAAGCGGCGGGGCCCGCGCCUCCUCCCCCCCAGCGCCGCGGAGGGGGGAGGAGGAAGAUGGAGACCCACAUCUCGUGCCUGUUUCCCGAGCUGCUGGCCAUGAUCUUUGGCUACCUGGACGUGCGGGACAAGGGGCGCGCAGCGCAGGUGUGCACGGCCUGGCGGGAUGCCGCCUACCACAAGUCGGUGUGGCGGGGGGUGGAGGCCAAGCUGCACCUGCGCCGGGCCAACCCGUCGCUGUUCCCCAGCCUGCAGGCCCGGGGCAUCCGCCGCGUGCAGAUCCUGAGCCUCCGCCGCAGCCUUAGCUACGUGAUCCAGGGCAUGGCCAACAUCGAGAGCCUCAACCUCAGCGGCUGCUACAACCUCACCGAUAACGGGCUAGGCCACGCGUUUGUACAGGAGAUUGGCUCCUUGCGCGCCCUCAACCUGAGCCUCUGCAAGCAGAUCACCGACAGUAGCCUCGGCCGUAUUGCUCAGUACCUCAAGGGUCUGGAGGUGCUGGAACUGGGGGGCUGCAGCAACAUCACCAACACCGGCCUCUUGCUCAUCGCCUGGGGACUGCAGCGCCUCAAGAGCCUUAACCUCCGCAGCUGCCGCCACCUUUCAGACGUGGGCAUCGGUCACCUGGCCGGCAUGACACGCAGCGCGGCCGAGGGCUGCCUGGGCCUGGAGCAGCUCACGCUACAGGACUGCCAGAAGCUCACGGAUCUUUCCCUAAAGCACAUCUCCCGGGGUCUGACGGGCCUGCGGCUCCUCAAUCUCAGCUUCUGCGGGGGCAUCUCAGACGCAGGCCUCCUGCACCUGUCGCACAUGGGCAGUCUUCGAAGCCUUAACCUGCGCUCCUGCGACAACAUCAGUGACACAGGCAUCAUGCACCUGGCCAUGGGCAGCCUGCGCCUCUCGGGGCUGGAUGUGUCGUUUUGUGACAAGGUGGGGGACCAGAGCCUGGCUUACAUAGCCCAGGGGUUGGACGGCCUCAAGUCCCUUUCCCUCUGCUCCUGCCACAUCAGUGAUGAUGGCAUCAACCGCAUGGUGCGGCAAAUGCACGGGCUUCGCACGCUCAACAUUGGACAGUGUGUGCGCAUCACGGACAAGGGCCUGGAGCUGAUCGCUGAGCACCUAAGCCAGCUCACUGGCAUAGACCUGUACGGCUGCACCCGCAUCACCAAGCGCGGCCUGGAGCGCAUCACGCAGCUGCCCUGCCUCAAGGUACUCAACCUGGGACUCUGGCAGAUGACGGACAGUGAGAAGGUCAGGGGGAUGAGGACUGAUUGAGCCCCUGGCCCACCGUGUCCCCACUGCCGGCCUCGAAUUGGGAAUUGGGGUGGGGAUGAUUAGUCCUUUCAACCCUGAGGAGCUGAGGAAAAUGUCUGCCUUCACUUAAGAUUUCAUUUGGAUACUGUGAUCUGGUUUUUAUUUCAAAAUGUAUAAAAAAAGAAAACCCCAAGUACAACCGCCUUUUCACCCUUCUUUCACUCUGUAACUAAUCCCAGUCUCUCCGCAUCACUUGUCCCUUUACAGUACUCUGCAAGUCAUGCUCAUUUCAUUUUUAUCUACUUUUUUUUUUUAACGAAAUUGGAGUCAUGGUCCUUUUUUUUUCUG